AUGUCAAAGAUAAAGCUACCGAAGCUUUCAUCAGGUAAAAAGAAUACCAAAGUAAUAACAUUGAAGCCUGGUCCUAACCAUAAACUACAAUAUCAUCAAGGAUUAGGCGGUGCAUCGUUUGAUGAUAUUCCAAAAGUAAUAGAGGUGAAUAAUGCUGAUAUAAGCUAUACUGGUGGUUUAGAACUGGAGUCAAAGCAAUUAUAUCCCGUUUCUGACAAACCGUAUGAAGAGUUGGACGAUGAUGAAAAAAUUUUGCAUAAAUUGAACCAAGUCACUAAAGACAAGGAAAAAUACUGGUUGGGACACACUGAACUAAUUGAUUACGAAAUAAAAGUGAAUGUCAAGGAUUUCUUGCCAGAAAAUUGGGUCGAUAAACCGGUUUUAUUCUAUGAUCCGAGAUUCACUUUAUCAAUUUAUCUUUCAGAAAUACGUAACCAGUACUUGACAAAAAACCCUGAAAACUCGCCACAUUAUAAGAACAGUAUUGUCGUGCCAUUUGCGUGGUCCGAUUGGGUUGAUUUAACGAUGUUGAAUCAAGAAUUGGUGAAACCUGAGAAUAAGAGGAAAACAUGUGAAUACAUGAAAGCCACUCAUCAUAUACCAACCAAAAUCCGCGAUUACUGUAUAAAUAAUGUUGAUAUUGGAAAGAAAGAAUUGGAUGAGAUGAAACUUCCCCUGAUAGAUUAUGUACCUGGAUUUGCAGUAAAGAAAUCGCCCACAAAUAAGGCAUCCAAUGAAGUGAGAAUGUUGGAAGGGAAGUCACAUUUAUUGACAUACGCAGCAAACCCGUUGGCAGUGAUAUUUUUGACCAAGCAUGGUGUUUAUGAGGCCAAAAUUGAUGAAAAGCAACGUAUAGUUGAUGGCACCUUGUUUGAAAAUUACAUCAACCGUAACAACAUACCACGCGAUCAAGCUGAACCAAUCACAUUAAACCCAGUAAAGGAGUUUCAUUUUUUACUGGAACAAGUGAAGCCAACGGUUUUAGAUGCUGAAGAAGAUGAAUAUGGAUUAUUUGCAAAAGCCAAAGAAGGUUCUUCAUCCAGCUCUCGUGAAAUCUAUUUACCUCAACUGGCAUUUGAUUAUCAACAAGAUAAAAUUGAUGCACAAAUCAAACAUUACGAAAAAAGAUUGAAAAUAUUGCAUGAUUUAACUACAAAUGAACUAACAUUCAAUCAACAAGUGAUUAAUGAAGUUCGAUUAGAAAGAAAUGAAAAAAUGUAUUACGAUGGGUUAAAAUUUGCCAACAAGUAUUCGUUGAAGAAAGAACCAACUCAUUUCCGAAUGGCUAGAUUGAAUUUUGGUAAUGAAGAGAAUGAUCAUGAUGCUGGAUGGCAUUAUGAAUGGAGGUUUUUCAACGGUGCUCUUCGAUAUUUGAAACAAGGGUGGACAGAAGAGGAGUUACUAAUUCGAGAAAAAGUUUUGUUGGAUCGAAUCUUGCGAAAUUGGUUUAAAUUUGCCAGUGAAAAGGGACUUGUUUCAUGGAUUGCCCAUGGUCCCCUUUUAUCCUGGUAUUGGGAUGGAUUAUUAUUUCCCUUUGAUGAAGAUAUUGAUAUUCAAAUGCCAGCCAAAGAAUUGGCCAAGUUUUGCAAAUUGUAUAAUCAAACAUUGGUGAUUGAAGACAUCAAUGAAGGAUUUGGCAAAUAUUUCGUUGAAUGUUCGUCAUUUAUCCAUCAUCGUGGUAAAUCAUACAAGGAAAAUCACAUUGAUGCACGAUUCAUUGAUAUUGAUACUGGAUCAUAUAUUGAUAUCACUGGAUUAGGAGUUAGCAAUGAGCCUGUUCCUGAAAGAUAUUUUGACCUAGUUGAACAAAAUGAAAUUGAAGGUUCAGUAAGACAAGUUUAUAAUUGUCGAUUCCCUCAUUUUUAUUCGCAUGAUGAAAUAUCACCAUUGAGAUAUACAAUGCUUGGUGGGGUUCCAGUCUAUGUGCCUAAUCAAAUUGAAACUAUUCUUCAACAAGAAUACAAAAAGGGUUUAACUGGAUAUGAUUAUGAUGGAUUUUUCUUUGUCGAUGCAUUAAACCUUUGGAUACAUCAUACAAAAUUGGAAUUUCUAUACCCCAAGAAUGAAAUUUAUACCAAUUGGAAAAAGAAACAAUUGAAUGUGCCUCGAUUCACCGAUUUGGUGCAAAAUAUAACUCAAUCUCAAGUGGUUGAAUUACUAGAAAGAGAUGAAGACAUACUAUUGGAAUAUUAUUUAACCAAAGAUGUUACUGAUUUACACAAGAUGGAACUAACCCACAUGUUUAAUAUGCCUGAUGGAAUUGAUACCAAGAUUGGUGAUAUAAUGGGGAUGAAAACGCAAACUGAGAUCUCUCAGGAUCAAGCUUACCACAAACUAACGUCAAAUUUUAAAUUUCAAAUACCAUUUAGAAGAUCAUUGUUUAAUUAUGAAAUGAUUGAUCGACCUAGACAUCAUCACUAG